AUGUCCGACGUUCAGAAGCCUGUUGAGGAGACCCCCACUCCCGCCGUGGAGGCCCCCAAGGACGCCCCCGCCGACAACGCUGAGGCCGCUCCCGCUGAGGAGAAGAAGGAGGAGGGUGCCGCCGAGGAGGCCAAGGAGGAGGACAAGAAGGAGGAGAAGAAGGAGGAGGUCACUCCCGCCACCGAGGCCACUCUGGGCUACAAGGCUCCCGGUCUUGUCAAGAGCCUGCGCUUCUCCAAGCGCUUCUUCUGGUUCAGCGACGACGCCGUCGAGGCCAAGCAGCUCUCCGUGUACCAGCAGCACGAGAAGCCCGCCGUGUCCAACGCCAUCGUCGCUUGGGCCACCCAGACCGGCAAGGGUCUCGUCUUCUUCACCAAGCGCGCUGAGGACAAGGCCACCCCCGCUGGCAUCUUCAACCUCGGCGAGGUCACCGAUCUGGCCAAGGAUGGCAGCAGCGAGAUCGUCUUCAAGGUCAACGGCCAGAAGCACGCCCUCCAGGCCACCAGCGCCGCCGAGCGUGACAGCUUCUUCCUCGCCCUCGAGAACAAGGCCGCUGAGGCCAAGGCCGAGAAGGAGACCAUCGUCGAGAGCGAGGGCUACAAGGCCCAGCUCGAGAAGCUGACCAAGCCCGCCGUUGCCGCCAAGCCCGCCGAGAAGCCCACCGAAGCCAAGGAGGAGGCUAAGGAGGAAGCCAAGGAAGACGCCAAGGAGGAGCCCAAGGAGGAGGCCGCUCCCGCUGAGGAGACCAAGGAGAAGGCCACCAAGAGCCGCUCCCAGUCCCGCAAGCGCGCCAGCAUCUUCGGCUCCCUGCUGGGCAAGAAGGAGGAGACCAAGGAGGCCGAGGAGAAGAAGGAGGAGGCCAAGCCCGUCGAGGCCGCCACCGACGCUCCCGCCGAGCCUGCCGCUGCCGUCGAGGCUGAGGCCGCCGCUCCUGUUGAGACCGCCGAGAAGAAGGAGGAGACCACCGAGGAGAAGAAGGAGGAGGCCAAGGAGGAGAAGGUCGAGGCCCCCGCCGCCGCCCAGAAGUCCAAGCGUGCUUCCCUCUUCGGCGGCUUCUUCAGCAAGGUCGGCAGCCCCUCUCAGGAGAAGUCCGAGAAGGAGGCCACCGCCCCUGCCGAGUCCACCGCUGUCGCCAGCACCGCCCCCCAGCUGGACAACCCCGUUGAGGAGGCUGCCGUCAAGCCCAUCGAGCCCGAGAGCGUCACCGCUCCCGCCGAGGGCGAGGCCGCCAAGGAGGCCUCUCCCGCCCAGACCCCUGGUGCCGACAGCGCUGCCAAGGAGAAGCGCCGUACUUCCUUCUUCGGCAACUUCGGCAAGAAGAAGGCCGGCGAGUCCGACAACGAGGCUGCCGAGGCUGAGGCCAAGCCCAAGGGCAACAAGCUGGGCGGUCUCUUCCGCAAGCCCAGCAAGGCCGUCAAGUCCGAGAACAAGGAGGCUACCGCCACCGAGGUCGAGGCCAAGCCUGAGGCUCCCAAGGAGGCUCCCGUUGAGGAGUCCCCCGCUGAGGAGGCUGCCAAGCCCGCUGAGGCCCCCGCCACCGAGGAGUCCAAGCCCGCCAACGUCUCUUCCACCUCCACCCCCGUCCAGGCUGCCGCAUGAAGUGCUCCCUCGGGACGCAUCGUCGAGUAUGAGAAGUGGUGGGAUGACGCUGUUGUCUAGCCCUUCCUACCGUCGAACUGUUUCUUGUCACGCGUGACCUCGCCAGAAAAAAGCAAAAACCCAACCAAAAAAAAAAACAACCUAAAAUGAAACUCGUUUGACAUACUUCUUUGAUCUUUCUUUCUUUUUAUUUUCCUUUUUAUUUUUUUUUUC